UAAUACCUCCGCGGCAGCAGGUGGCAGCAGCGCAGCGCAACAAUCCCCCGAACCAAAACAAAUGCGAACAAGAUUAAACAACAUCAGUGCUGCACCUGCGGAGAUAAUUUUUCAUAUCUGACCCAGAUAUACAGCAGCGCAGCAGGAACGAAUCUUUUAAAAUGGAGACAAGAGCCUUCAAGAAUCCGUAUUACGACUAUGAUGGGAGCCCUGCGUGCACACAGGCGUUGUUUGACUCUGGUGGAAAGCUCACAUCAGAGUUUGCCCAGCGGCUGAACAGCAAGAUCAGUGAGCUUUUAGCUGUCAUGGAAAAUGGGCUGAAGUCUGCUGACCCAAGAGAUUGCACCAGUUACACUGGCUGGGCAGGCAUUGCUCUGCUCUACCUGCACCUCCACAAUGUGUUCAAGGACCCCUCCCUUCUUCAGAAAGCACUGGAAUAUGUCAGCUGCAGUCUGAAGUGCUUGACCCGCCGACAUGACGUCACCUUCCUGUGUGGGGAUGCGGGGCCCCUGGCUAUAGCCGCUGUGGUCUACCAUCGCCUGCAGAGGGUGCAAGAGACUGACGAGUGCAUUAACAGACUGCUGCAGUUUCACCAGAUCGUGGUGAAAGGCUCAGGCGGGCUGCCGGACGAGCUGCUCUAUGGGCGGAUGGGCUACCUCUACUCCCUCGUCUUCAUCAACCAGCAGCUUGGGCAAGACCGGAUCCCACUGCAAUACAUCCAGCAGAUCAGCGAGGCUGUGCUUGUGUCAGGCGAGCACCUCAGCAGGAAGUUCAGGGUCCAGAAUUACAGCCCUCUGAUGUACGAGUGGUACCAGGAACAGUACGUCGGCGCCGCCCACGGCCUGGCUGGCAUCUACUACUACCUCAUGCAGCCGGGCUUCGUCGGCAUGGAGGAGUGCGUGCACAGGCUGGUGAAGCCCAGCGUCGACCACGUCUGUCGCCUCAAGUUCCCCUCAGGAAACUACCCCCCGUGCCUCGGGGACGACCGGGACCUGCUGGUGCACUGGUGCCACGGAGCCCCAGGGGUGGUCUACAUGCUCCUGCAGGCAUACAGGGCCUUCGAAGUGCCCCAGUACCUGCUGGACGCCCUGCAGUGUGGAGAGGUGGUGUGGCACAUGGGCUUGCUGAAGAAGGGCUACGGGCUGUGUCACGGCGCGGCGGGUAAUGCCUACACCUUCCUGGCCCUCUACCGACAAACGCAGGACCCCAAGCACCUUUACAGAGCCUGCAUGUUUGCAGACUGGUGCAUGAACUACGGCAAACAUGGAUGCCGGAUACCAGACACCCCCUUCUCACUUUUUGAAGGCAUGGCCGGCACCAUCUACUUCCUGGCUGACCUUCUGCAGCCGAUGAAAGCAAGGUUCCCGGCCUUUGAGGUGUAAACGUUUCUCCAGAGGUAGUCCUCCCCACCACCCACACAGCGGGAAAAUACAACCAGAGGACCCACACUUGCGCUCUCUGUCACGCUCAUUGAUUGGCUCCCGCACUCUCACACGUUGUGCCAUGUUUUUCCCUGCUCCUUCUCUCCCGGGGACCUGACAUGUCAUUGGCAGGAUGAAUCCAGUGCUCACAUCUUGGCUACAUAAUUAUCUCAAAGAUGCGUCCGCAGGGGGAGCUUCUUUAGCGUUUUUUGUGUAUAAAUUGAACGCUUUGCUUUAUUAAGUCGGGCUCAGAUUGUGUCAUAUUUGAGGGAAGGAAGGAAGCUCGCUUUCAAUUCCAGAAAGCGCAUUGUGGGGAAAAUUUUUGUGUUAAUGCUUAACAACUGUAUAUUCUGUAAGGAUGAUAUGCUAAAAAAGGAAAUCGAUGCUUCAGUUUGCAAUUCUGUCAACAGCAAAGCUAGUUACAAUGCACGAAAUAGAAAACAAUACAAGCUGUGUCAUGUGUUUAGGGGUUAACCCCAAAGUGUAAACUGUUGCCUGUCCUUUGCACUGUCUGAGCAAUAAAUCGUGGGUCUUUUUACAGCUGUUGCUCUGCAGUGAAUUUUGCCCCUUGAUCUUGUUUUGGUGUCGCCACGCAGCAGCAAAGAGAGGCCACACGGGGGCAGCAGAGAGGCGUGAAUGAAUAUCUGACAGCUGACCGCCGCCUGGCGAAGGAGGUGAAUUCACUGGCACCAAAAGAGGUUCACCUUGAAACCUUGUUGCUUCAUGAGUGGGUCAGAAUUUAUGCUAAUCAGGUAACAUUUUAUUUGGUGUAGGAGACGACUAAAAAAUGUCCCUGGAG